ACGAAAAGUAGUGAAAAUGUGAAUUCUCAGUGGUUUUUUCGCCUAUUUGAAACCCUCUGGUAAUUUAUUAUAUCAUUUAUGUUCUUGACCUCGUAAACACUGCCUUUUUUUACUCCGGUGAGUAAAAAAUCGCGUUUCUUUUAGCUCCAUGUGCAAAGUGAAGUCGACGACGACCAUUUUUUGGAUGCGUUUUCAUGGCCGAUAAUUUGCUACAAGGGCUUCAGGUGGCCGCAAAUGCGACAUCACAGGCAGGGGUGAGUUUCUCGCUAACUAUUUUUCUUUUGAACCGUUCGGUUGGCGAUGGAACAUCAUAUAGCAAUGCAAUCGUACAUAGAUUAUACAUGGUCAUUAACAUUAUCCUUAUUAAUUUUUCAAAAUACCGCAAAAUUUGGUAGAAAUCUGAUGAGAUACAUGUCUGUACAACAUAUUUUAAAAUUUAUCUCAGCAAAUGUUUCUUGAAACUUCGUCACUGAAACAUGCAAACAACGUCCUGAAACUACCAGGCGUAGAUUAUGUUGCGAAAAACUGGGCACUAGCAAUGACGUUAAAGGCUUUGCCAUUGGUUCAUUUCUGGAGCGUAUUGUUGUUGAAAGAGCAAAUGAUGACCUCUGUUUGAAAAACGAUAAAAAUGCUGGUCUGAUCAGCCAAUCGAUUUCUAGCGAAUUUUCCCGGAAAAUAACCACAAAAUUCACCGUUUUUUACCAAUUGUUUUUAGGGAAAGUUUCCCCCCCUCCCCCCCAAAAAAAAACAGGAAAUUGGACAAUUUUUCUGGGAAUUUGUCCCUAAAAAUCCUGCAAAAUUUGACUUAUUUUUCAUGACCUAUGAGAAACCCGUAUAGUAUGGCGCGAUCCAUCAGAUUUGAAAAUAUCAUCGAUAGAAGUCGGUAUAUAUUUGGAGAUAAACUGGCUUUGUUUAUGCGAUUUGGCAUAUUUUUUAUGAUGUAAGCAAAGCAAGAUAAUAUGAAAUGUUUGUUUUAACUUUACUCUUUUAAUUAGGCAGGUACAAAAGUCGGACCGGAUCAACUCGGACCGCCAGUCUGGGUCAGAUCAACUCGGAUCGACUCGGACCAACUCGGAUCGAAUAAAAAAAUAAAAAUAAAAUAAAACUGGACUCGGAUCAACUCGGAUCAUAAAAAAAAACAACUCGGAUUAUAAAAAGAAAAAUAAAAUCAGUCGGUAUCUCUCAACUUUCACCCGCCAUUUUGUUUUUUUUCUCACGAACUCGUGGUUGCGUAAAUUAAUUUUAUUUUUAUUUUUGUUAAUUUUAAUGAUACACUAGUGAGCAGCACACAUACACUUCCAGUGAACAUUUUCACUUGGAAGGAGGAGAAACCAUGCUCACCCGGGACAAAGAAAAUUUUCGUACCCAAGGCGAGAAUUGAACUCACGACCCUCCGAAUACUACAUGAAAAUCGGACGUUCCAACCACUGAACCGGAGGGUCGCGAGUUUGGUUCGUGUCGUGGGCAUGGAAAUUUCCUUUGUCCUGGGCGAGCAUGGUUUCUCCUCCUUCCAAGUUGAAAUUGUUCACUGGAAAUGUAUGUGUGCUGCUCACUAGUGUAUCAUUAAAAUUAAGUUUCAGAAGUUCUGCAGAAAAAAAAAAACAAACAGGAACAAACAAACAAACACUCUUCGGUAAUGCGAUCAACAGACAAGGCUUUUGACGAUUUUCUCAUAAAUAAUUCAGUAUUCUAAUAAAUAAGAAAAUAUAUACAUUCUAGGCGACUGAAACUAUCAUUUCUUUACUGUCCAACCACAACCACGAGUUUAUAACAUGAUCCGAGACGGACUGGCACUAGUAAAACAAAAUGGCGCCUGAAAGCCACGGAGAAAAAAAGGAUCUGGCCUUUUUUUACCCUCCAAAUGGGUUAAACUUUCAGUUUUGCUGAUUUAAUUUAAUUUUUUUGAUUGCUCCGAGUUGAUCCGAGUCCAAUUUUAUUUUUUUUUUAUUUUUUUAUUCGAUCCGAGUUGGUCCGAGUCGAUCCGAGUUGAUCCGACCCGGACUGGCGGUCCGAGUUGACCCGGUCCGACUUUUGUACCUGCCUCUUUUAAUUUAAAUCUAAAGCAUAGAGAAAUCUGGUUGCCACUUUGGUGACUAAACCAAAACUUUUAGUCACCAAGGAGAAAAUGUUAGUUGCAUUGGCGACCUUAUCACUCACAAUUUCGAGCCCUGAUGUGUCAUAAAGUUUUUAUAGUGGGGUUUCACUGUACCUGCAAAAAGGCAAGACAUCAACAUCCCACAAACAAGCCAGGGCUGGGGUGAAAACAAGAAUUGGGGCAAGUGAGAUUUCAAUUUGACUUGCUGAAUGCUCCCAAUGUUCUUGUGGCUCCAACAUAAAAAACAACAGCAAUCACCUGCUUGUCUUGCCAGCGACACAGGCUAAUCAGUUAUAUGUAACUAGACUUGUCAUAAAGUGUGUUGCAGUUAUUGAAAAAGAUAACUAUUUGAAAAACUGUUUGUGUGAUUUUACCUAUGUAUAUACCCCGUUGAUACAGUUGAGACUCUGGACAGUACACUCCUCUUAAGUAGACAGCUCUUCUUUCAACUUAUAUCAGUUUUUUCACGUACCUGCUGUUACCCUUCAAAUCACCACUUGAAUUUUAUGCUUGUGCCUGAAUUACAGCAUUGUCAGAGCAACUGUAUCAAACAGUUUUUUUUGGUAUCCCAGUAUUUAUUCAUUACAGAAAUGCACCCAUUGAUAAUUGAUGAUAAUGAAAAAUGACAUAGUGAGAGUGUCAAUCAAGAAAUCCCCUGUAUAUAUCCUUUUCCUGAUUAUUGUUCUUGCUAGGAAUACCUCAAAUAAUUUAAGAAUAAAACUUCAUGCAACUAACAAUACUUCAGUCUAUCUGUCUAAAUUUAAUCCCAAUUAGCACAUGUAAUUCAAACCCUUUAAAAUUGAUUCCAACACUUGAAAUAAUGGUAACAUACCAAUUCGUAUUGUUUCUGCAUUGCUUCUGGAAGGUGUGAGAAUUGUCAAUCACUAUAAAGUUAAUAAGAGACUGAAAAUUGGUUUAUGGGUACCCCACUAUUUACAUUUGGCAUUUAUUAAGGGAUGCCAAACUGUAAUGUUGUAGCUGAGUAAGCUGCCAUUAUAUAAGCUGCCAAUGAUAUAACCCUUUCACCUCUAGUGGCUGCAGACGAGAACCAUUCUUGUAAGUGAUAAGCUUCAGUUAUGGAGACAUUUCUCUCAUCUCAAGGGUGCCACUCAUAUGAGCAUCUAUUCUAGGACAUGUACUUAGUUCUAGUAUCACAUCAACUCUCUUGUGUAUGGGUGUGAUGUAAGAAAAUUUCAUCUGCCUUUAGCCUCCCACGCAGACGUUGUUAGGGGUUCGUCACGCGUUCCUGCCCCAGGAACGUCUGCUGACUUGAGCAGAAAAAAAUGUAGACCAAUCACAGCCGACUUCCAGGUCUGGGAAGUGCACUUUGGACCUUGAGAAAUUUUGCACUUGACUUUAUAGCUCCAAAAAAGAUCAGAAAGGUCUCAUGAGAGGUGAAGAGCUUACAGUUGUAGAACAAACUUACUAUUCAGUUAACUCACAAGCGUUCUUACUAGUGGCUACCCUCACAAACUCAUUGAAAAAAUUACCUUGAACGUUAAAUUUGCUGAACGGAAGUCGGCUUUACUUCAAAGCAAUAAGGUUUGAAAAAAAUUCUGCCUUUUGUUCAGUCUUACAAGGCAACCCCGCCAUUGCAUCACCCAAAGAACAACUUUAUCAGCAAACAACAUCUAAUCCAGCCUUUACAGAGAGAAACAUACAACAACCCAUCGCUUAUCUCCUAGAUUCUCGUCGGGAGCAAAAAUCUUUGGUCACGCAUCACACUCUACAGAGCUUGUACGUAUGUGUUUGGCUUGUCAACACUUUGACUUCAACAGUGCCGAUUGGAUCUCCAAUAAUCUGCACGUGAUCUCCAGCUGAUAUUUGCGAACAAUGGUUCAGCAGAUGUUUGUAGGGCAGGAACGCGUGACAAACCCCUAGGAACGUCUGCAUGGGAGGCUAAUCUGCCUUUGCGUUAUUGGUCUUCUAUAUUGGUUUCUUUUUUGUUGUUGUUUUAGUGAUGAAAGUGUCAAGUUCUUUUGCUUUCAAGUAUUAGAGCAUCACAUAAAAACAAGGUAAAAUUAAACAUUGAUAAUUUCUAAUUAUAAUGAUUAAUAAUAAAUUUUACAUAAUUAUUAUAAUGUGGCAUCCAUUUUAAAAUAAUUAUUAAUCUUCCUUCCAUGGAAAAAUCAAAAAGGUUUUAUUCUGUUGGUUGGUCCACCAUUUUAAAUUUUUGUCCACCAAAUUAUUCUAAAUAACUGUUAUUAAAAGAUGUUAUAAUUAAUAAAUCAGAUAAUUUAAUUUUUAAAUAUUUACUCACUUGGUAUGAUAUUAUGUAGGCUAUUAUGAUUAAAAACAUUCAACUAGAGACAACUGGGUUUAAUUGUUUUCUUACCAGGAAUAACUUAUAAACAUUUGAUCACUAGCUGUAUUCAGUACACACACGCUUCAGUCUCCUGAACUGUACAAGACAUCUUCGAUGAUCUUGCCCAAAAAAAUGGCUUUGUUUUUUUUUUAUUGUUAUUCUGUACACAGACAUGUGUCAUCAAAUCUUGUAGAUCAACAAGCACUCAGAGAGAUUCUUUUGACCUGGCUACGAAAUCAGGUACACUAGGCUAAUUUACUCUACAGUAGAAUCCCAAGGAACAUUUUCUCUUUUAUUGCCCCUCACCCUAGAUUGCAUUGUCUGUCUUUAGGUGAAAAAGGAUUGUCUUGCUAAUACCUUUGACAUAUAAUUAUGGUCUAGACUCUCUCUUUGUCUUUCAUCAAAAUUGAAACAACUUGUUUUGUGUCAAAAAGAGAAAAAUAGUCAAACGUUGUUUUUUAUAGUUGUGCAAAGAUACCUAAAAGUGGACAUAAGUAUUUUCAUUGCGAUUUUCCAUUGACCCUUGUUGCAACUUUUCAGUGUUGUACCGAGUCAGAUAACAAGAAUUUCUUGAAGAACAAGGCAGCACAAGUCUUUAGCUUGAUCUUUGUCUGUGAUUAUCCUGAGAAGGUUAGCUGAUUUAUUGUUAUGUCAAGUGUAAUGAGCGUGAAUACUGAUACCCUAAAAUUGUAACUUAAUUGUGCCCAGAAUUCAUUCAGUGUGAGAGAACUUCAUUUAAUUUCCUGCCUGCUCUUUCACAAGCUCAGCCAGCAAGAAAAACAUUUUUUUCGCAUUUAAACCUAUUGACAAUCAGGUAACAACUGCGACUCUUGGUGAAAGUGGGUGCCCAGGAUGACCAGGGUCUUGCGCUUUUGUCACAGUCAGCCCUUAGACAGUGUUUUGCCCUCAAGCCUUCCAGCCAUGAGCCCCCACACCAAUGGAACCAGGCACCUGUCCCAAUGAUUUAUCUGAUAAAAAUUAAAGGGAGGGAAGGGUUGGGGGAAAGAGACAAUCUAAAGGCUGAACAAAUCGAGUAAUCGCCUUGAAAGCAUUGUACUAAGCACAUGGAGCUGAUGUUAGCAAGGGUGACUGCGCUUGAGCCACCAAACUGACUGCUGAGCAACAACACACGACGGCGCUCCUUGUUAUUAACUGCGUUAAAUGUUGUUUAACUUCAUGUUACAUUUCUCUUCUCCCUGUAGUGGCCGUUGUUUUUCUCAGACCUCCUCCAGUGCUUGCCAUAUGGAGCAUUAGCUGUGAAUAUGUACCUUAGGAUUUUGAAGGCAAUUGAUGAGGAAGCGGUUGAUAGAGAUGUGAUAAGGAGUCAACAGGUUAAUUUUGUGAAUUGUUUUAAAAACUGUAAUGCUAUAAUUUCCAUUGGUGAAAAUAUAUCUCCAACAGAGAGGGGUACAAUCAAACAGAAAUUGAUAACCUAUUCAAUCUAUAUAAUACUGUACUACCUAACAUCUCAUACGAGCAGCUUGCAGCCACUGAAGAACCCAUUUUAGUGGGUGUCUUUAAAGCGGGUUUGGACUUUACCUAAAUUUUUUAAAGGUUGUCAUUCAAGUUGUUUUUGUUGUGACAAAGUCCACCAUGCCACACACAUGAAGUCGUUGGUGCUAAUAAUUGAAUCUAAACAUGAUGUGCAAAGGGCUACACUCUACAUGUGUGAAAUUGCUCCUUAUGAAAAUCAAAAUCGUUUGGAGUUAAAAAACUGCUUCUAGAGUUGCUUGUCACAUCUUGAAACUUGUGUAAAGACUCAAAUAUUUGAUUUAAGACUGUCAACUUUUGUGGAGUUUCCGUUGGUUGUACUUGUGCAAGUUUGUAAAACCAUUUACUGAUCAAUCAGUUUAGAAGCUGAAUGAAAUUUUUCUUCCAUGAACAGGAAGCAGAGAGGAACACGAAAAUUAAAGAUCACAUCAGGGAUACGUGCAUCACAGAGCUCGUUGACUCUUGGUUUCAGAUUCUGGUAGGUGGGAAUCUUGUAUUUUGGUACAACAAUGAGGUUGAGGUUUCGCUGACUGUUUUUUUAUUAUGUUUUGUAUGCAGAAAACAUAUGAAAAUAGCGUGUCAUCAAUAACAUGCCUUUGCCUGGACAUUAUUGGAGCAUAAUUAUAUUGAAUGGAUCGAUAUUGGCCUAAUUGCAAACGACAGGUUUAUCAGGUAAUGUUCAUUGUAAAAGGGGCAGAGUAAAGUUAAUGCAGACUGUGGACUGACUGUGGACUACGCAGAAUAAUAUUUUUAGGGUUAGAAAACAUUGGGACUUUUGGUGAAAGAAUGAAAGAUGGUAAAAUUUGAAUGUACACCCUGUAGUAUAAUUUAUGGCCUCUCUCUCCAUGAGUUCUGCGUAGGUCAAGUGGAUAGAGCAUCCGCCCGGUGUAUCUAAGUAAGAGAUUAUUGAUUUGCUAGCACAAUUUCAAACUGUGUUCUUAAGCAAGACAAUACUUUAGAGAGACUGAGAGUUGUAUUGUCAGGAAACAGAAAAUGUCAGAUUCAAGUUUAGAAUUUCUCAAAAUUGAAAACGUGCAGCUAAAAACAAGACAUAACUAAUGUGAAGCUACUAAGUUUGUGGUAGAAUUAGUAAACAGUAAAUUGCGCAACAAAGUUAAGGGAAAACUUGGUCACAUGGUAUGAAUUUCACGUUUGCUGUAAACAUAACUCUAAAUCUUUCUACAAUCCUGGACAAAUAUGCUUGGGACAGUACUGCAAUAUUCAUGUUUUUCUGUCAUUUCUCGGUUCCCUCUUAAAACAGUGCGAUCCUUUUCAAAAUCUUCUUGCAGUUCUCCCCCCACCCCACCCUAUACAAAGUAGAAAGUCGGUAAAAAUUCAGGAUAGUCGAUACACACGUCCAACAUGGGUGAGGGAGGGUUGGGCCUGUGUGAAUUGGAAAAUGUCCCUGAGAAAUGCAGAAGUGUUCCAAGACUUUUGGUAGAAUAUCAGAAACUUUGCUCACCAAUUAUGGAAAGGUACUAAACUCUGUAAUUUAUCUACAUUACAUUUUUAUUAAGGCAUGGGUCGCACUUGGGAAAAGUUUUCAUCUUUGCCGGCUAAAAAACCACAAAAAUUCGAAACCGCAACCGGAAAAGAAAACUUUUAGUCCAACCGAGGAGGGUCGCAUUAGUGGGAGUUAAUAGUUUUUGCUUUGACACAUUGAGAACUUAAGAACGCCAGAUACCAGAAAACAUUUUUCUCUUCUUCGACCGAACCUUUGUCGAAGGAUCUUUUUCCUCCAUUCCCAGUUUCAGGAGGAUGUGACAGAUAAAGAAGACCAGAAAGUGCUUGGAUGCGAAUAGUGCAUUUGGCUUGGAGAAUAACAAACAUGUGAAGUGUUUGCUUGUGUAGACGGGGACUCAACUGGUUCGCCUUCAAUAGAGCUUGUUCCCGUAAAAACCUUAAAAUAGCGAAGGUUUAUAAGCGUGUUAAGUCCUCGCCUGUAGAGAGUUUUCGAAAAAAACUUGAAAUGGCGAAGGAUAGCCGAGUAGACGCCUCUUCGCGAAGGUCUGAAAAUUCGACCACGUUUAUUUUAAAUUGAUCGUGUUUCAAAUGGAUCACGUUCAUGACAAGGCGCUGACAGUUACCGCUGUGAUUCCUAUUGUUUAGCUCGAGUUUUCCAAAAUCUGCCUGCCCCACCCAAGCACUACGGCGUCUUUGAUAUUUUUGCCGAUUUUCAAAGUUUUUUCCAACUUGAAAACUCGGGGUCGCACUUAGCAAUGUCCACCGAUGACAGAUUUCUACCGCAAGGUAAACAAAUUCUCCCAAAAAUUUGCCAAGUGCGACCCAUGCCUAAAACUAUUUUUUUGGUAUUAAUGGCCUCGUUUAAUAAAACACUUUAAAAAAGUCAAACUUCUGUAGAGCUGAUACCCCCAACCGAAACAAUCUAGAAAGAGCUCAAAAAGAGAUGCAGUUUUUUUAGUUUGUUGUUAUAAUUCAGCACUGAAUACGAGAAAGGUCGUAACAGGUUUUUUUCGUGUUCCAGUUACUCUUAUAAUUAUGCCAAGCAUGGCCAAUACUUGUUUAAGUGAAAGCGUAGGCUAGAAAGAUUUUCCUGGUGAUCGCUUUGCAAAUGUGUAGCAAAUUAGAAUGCUGAGUUUACAGUAGUGCGAGGGCCGGCAUAACUUAUCUUAGAGAAGCCCCUAACAUUCUUUUCUGUGGUGUUCCGCUUUUUAAGAGCGUUAUCGAGGAGCAGCUUCUGUUGAAUCGAGUGGCUAAUGCCUGUAUCAACUUGUUUGCUAUGACGGCUUUGAUUUCCAGAGCAGCGCGAUCCAUAAACCAAGUGCCAGCCAUGAGGUGAGUGAUAGGUAGCGUAUUUAAAUAAAUGUAAGGAAGAUCCUCGCAUUUAAACUCGCACUAGCCUGCGUAGCAGGUGUUCAAAAGGGAAGGGAAAGAGGAUUUGGGGUUUCUGAGAAGUGGUUUCGAGCCCAAAUUCUCUUUACCUUCCCUUUCGAAUGCCAGCCACACAGGCUAAACUCGCUGACUUGUGCAUUUGUGAAAAAAUAAAAGCCUGAAAAAAUUCAGAUUCGAACCAGGAUUCCGGAUUCCGGAUUCGGGAGCCGGGACUCGAACCCUAACCUAGUGAGGCCUUUAUUUAAUGAGUAUUGACACAGGCAAUCGAGGAAUAUCACUGGAAAUUAAGCUUAAAAUGAGUGACAAUGUUGUUGUGGAAGUAAUUGCGGCUAUUUUCUUUUUGCGGUAACUGACUUUACGUCAACCCUCUCACCCUCAACCUUCCCAGCAAAAAAUGUUUAAAAAAGCUCGAUACCGUGUUAACGGUAAGAGCUAUUUUUGGUGGCCUUCGCAAAAUAGAUUUACCAGAGGAUUUUGAAUUUAUUUAUCAACUGUCAUUUUUUUCAAUAUGUUUUCCUUACAGAUACAAUAUGCACUAACAAGUGCAACGUGAACAAUGCUCUCUUCAAAGAAGUCAGAUCAGGUUAGAAGCUGCAUUAUUUUUUAUUGGGCAGGGUGUAGCUAUCUUAAUAUACUGUAAGCGCUCUAUUGUAGCACAAACUUUGUUACUUGGGUGCCAGUCUUCAUAGUUCAUAGUGUCCUGCCAACCAUUAGGCUCACAGGGAAAAAUAACCGAUUCCCAUUUUUGGAUAUUUUUCGGUAUUUAAAGAAUACCCACAAAAAUCCCAAAUUUGGAAGAGUGAGACAAGUCCCAAUCUGGGAACUUGGUUGGGAAUUCCCUGGUUGGGACUUGUCUCACUUUGCCAAAUUUGGGAUUUUUAUGAGUAUUCUUUAAAUACCCAAAAAUAUCCAAAAAUGGGAAUCCGUUAUUUUUUCCUGUGGCUAUGUUCACAUUAUACUAGAUAGCUUUUCCUGCCGACACAAAAAUCUAUCCAGUAUUAUAUGAAAACCAAUCCGAUAUAUGACCCUCCAAUUUCAAAAUUGGCACGGCGCACCUUUCACUCCAUUACAAAGAUCAGACGGAACAGAAAUCACCGUUCUCAGACGUGAACAGAAGCCCCAUCCCAGCAGGUUAAACACAGCGUGAUAGCAGACUAAACAUAUUAUCUGCUACACAGUUGCUUUUAGUGUUGUCAUGCAACGCUCCUCCCGUGACAACACUAAACACAGCUGUGGCUGUAUAGCAGACUAAACAGAUAUUGGGUAUAGUGUGAACAUAGCCUCAGUCUCACACAUUGGUGAGUGGUGUUGCAUGACGAUAUUAGUCUGCUAUAAAGGCCGUUCUUAGUGUUGUCAUGCAACACUCCUCCUGUCACAACACUAAACACGGCUGUGGCUGUAUAGCAGACUAAACAGAUGUUGGGUGUAGUGUGAACAUAGCCUCAGUCUCACACAUUGGUGAGUGGUGUUGCAUGACGAUAUUAGUCUGCUACACAGCUGUUUUUAGUGUCGUCACGCAACACUCCUCCGGUCAGAACACUAAACACGGAUGUGGCUGUAUAGCAGACUAAACAGAUAUUGGGUAUAGUGUGAACAUAGCCUCAGUCUCACACAUUGGUGAGGGGUGUUGUGUGAUGAUAUUAGUCUGCUACACAGCCGUUUUUAGUGUCGUCACGCAACACUCCUCCGGUCAGAACACUAAACACGGCUGUGGCUGUAUAGCAGACUAAACAGAUAUUGGGUAUAGUGUGAACAUAGCCUUAGUCGCACAUAGUGGUGAGGGGCGUUGCGUGACGAGACAAAACGGCUACAUUGCUAGAUCAACACAACACUUAGUAUCUGACAAUAAUUUAAUACCUCUCAACUCAAGCGCGUUUUCCGUUUGAAAAGGAAUGUGUCACGUGCUGCCUGUCAUGCGCAAACCUUCCUAGCUCCCAAACAAACCUUACUCACACUUGACCAGGUCACGUGGUUUGAACCUACAAAAAUCCAUGUGCCGAUGGAGCCGGACAAAAAAAAUUGCCACUCUCAUUACUAAACCUAAUUGAUAAUUUGUUUUAGUAUUCACCAAAUCAGUGGAUAGCAACUUUCACGCGUUCUGAUUGGCUCCAGUAACUCGGAAAAUCCUUUGACAUUCACUGUUUUUGGACGAAAUUCAAAAUGGCUUCCCGUUUCGCAACAGUUUCGAAAGAUAAAAUGUUAGCGAUAAAUGAAGCAGCUGCACCAACAAAUACCUAGAAUAAGACAAAAUUGAGCUUGUCGGUGUUUACUGGCUGGUAGAAAAAAAAUUUCUGACUGAAUUUGCAACAAAAUCAUAAAAAAUGAUUCCUGAAACACUGUCAAUUGAAACGUAAACAAACUCUGGCUAAGUGACGUCGUUUGUUUACAAAAAGUUCCUUUUUGAUUUUUUUCCAACUGAUUUGGUAAAUACUAAAACAACUAUCCCCCUCAGGGUCGGUUCAUAGCGCUUGAUAUAUACCUCGACGCUUCGCGUGUCAGUAUAUAUGCACCACUAUUCACCUCCCCUUCGGGGGAUAGUUGUAUAUUAUUUUUGACAUUUCAGAAAUGACAAAAAAGUCGUAAGCCCCGUCUGGCAACAGUUUUAAUUAUUCUGACUCUGCGGGAUGUAAAAGACACACAAGGGACGUAACAAAUUUCUGACAUUGAUCCCCUCCCGGCCCUCCCCUCCCCGUGAUCUUGGGUGGGCAAUCCGUAGGAAAAGAUCUUAAUUCAGGGAUAAACCCUCGGAUUCUCCUUCGGGGUGAUUAAGCAGCUGCCUACAAACAUACAUGGGAUAUGAGUUUUUUAGGUUUACCUCGGUGUAUGUAGCCUCGGAAUGCAGAUGUAUUUCUGGUCGUCCCUUUUCUCCACCCGGAAGUAAGAAAAGCGACGACCGGAAAUACGUCUGCGUUGACAGGUUACGGUGUAAGAACCUGGGAACUAAUUCUUUGCCUCGCACCUUUUGUUGUUUUUUUUGGUUCUACUGUCUUGACUUCUUUGUUUUACGUUACUCGUGAGUUUUACAGGUUCUUAUACACCGAGGGUGAGCCAGUUUUUUUUAGGAGUUUUGGUUUGUUUCAUUUUCAGGUUCAAAAAGGAAUUGAGACGAUCACUUUAAAGUAAAUUGCCACAGAUGUUUUCCAUAAUGGAGGGUGCGUAGCACCGCACACACUGAAC